CAGAACUGACAGCAGAGUGUACGCUAUCAUUGGGAAACUGCUUGAGGGACUGGUAAAAAAUGAAAGCUCCCAUUCCUCUUCUGAUCCUGCUUCAUGCCGUUGUGGUCCAUUGCCUGAAAGUGGUGUCAAAGAGAGGCUCAGUGGAAGGCUGCACGGAUUGGUCAGUGGACUACCUGAAAUACAAGGUGCUUCUGGGGGAACCUGUACGGAUUAAGUGCGCUUUAUUUUAUGGAUAUAUUCGGGCCAACUACACCCAUGCGCAGAGCGCAGGACUCAGCCUUAUGUGGUACAAAAGUGCAGGACACGGGGACUUUGAGGAACCCAUCAGUUUUGACGGCACAAGGAUGAGCAAGGAGGAGGAUGCCAUAUGGUUUCGACCAGCAGAGUUGGACGAUGUGGGGUACUAUUCCUGUGUAUUAAGGAACUCAACGUAUUGCAUGAAGGUGUCCAUGUCGCUCACAGUGGCAGAAAACGACACAGACCUCUGCUACAACUCCAAAAUGAGGUUCUUUGAGAAGGCUGAACUAAGCAAAAGCAAAGACAUUACCUGCCCAGGCAUUGAGGAUUAUAUACAGCCGGGAGUGGAGCCAGAGAUUGUAUGGUACAAGGAAUGCAAGCCAAAGCAGUGGAGACAAACCAUAGAAAGGAGGAGGGACACUCUGUCCAUCAAGGAAGUACGGGAAGAUGACAUUGGGAAUUACACCUGCGAAUUGCAGUUUGGGAACUUUGUGGUUCGGAGGACUACUGAGUUAUCAGUCACAGCCCCACUAACAGACAAGCCGCCAAAAAUCCUUUUCCCCUCAGAGAGCCAAAUGAGCAUCAUAGAGAUGGCAAUAGGAAGUCCCGUCAACCUAACGUGCAGAGCCUUCUUUGGAUACAGCGGAGACGUCAGUCCGCUCAUCUACUGGAUGAAAGGGGAGAAGUUCAUUGAGGAUCUGGAUGAGGAGCGGGUUCAGGAGAGUGACAUCAAGACAAUCCGGGAGCACCUCGGGGAGCAGGAGGUCUCCAUCUCGCUGACCAUCGACUCUCUGGAGGAGAGCGAUCUCGGCAACUACUCCUGCUAUGUGGAGAACGGCAAUGGACGUAGACAAGCCAACAUCCAGCUCACCAAGAAGGAGCUCAUGUACACGGUGGAGCUGGCCGGAGGUCUGGGAGCCAUCCUGAUGCUGCUGAUCUGUCUGGUGACGCUGUACAAGUGCUACAGGAUCGAGCUCAUGCUCUUCUACAGGAACCACUUUGGCAGUGAGGAUAUAGAUGGAGAUAACAAAGACUACGAUGCUUACCUGUCCUACACCAAAGUGGACCCGGACCAGUGGAGCCAGGAGACCCGAGAGGAGGAGCGAUUUGCCCUGGAGAUCCUCCCCGACGUGCUGGAGAAGCAUUAUGGGUAUAAACUCUUCAUUCCAGACAGGGACUUGAUCCCCACAGGAACCUACAUCGAGGACGUUGCGCGCUGUGUGGACCAGAGCAAGCGGCUCAUCAUUGUCAUGACGCCCAGCUAUGUCGUGCGGAGGGGUUGGAGCAUUUUUGAACUGGAGACGCGGCUGCGCAACAUGUUGGUGACCGGCGAGAUCAAGGUUAUUCUGAUCGAGUGCGCCGAGCUGCGCGGCAUCAUGAACUACCAGGAAGUGGAGGCCCUCAAACACACCAUCAAGAUGCUGACGGUCAUCAAGUGGCGCGGCCCGUCCAGCAACAAGCUCAACUCCAAGUUCUGGAAGCAGCUGCUCUACGAGAUGCCCUUCAAGCGCAUGGAGCCCCUGAGCAUCUCCCACGAGCAGGUGCUGGAUGUCAGCGAGCAGGGCCCCUUCGGCGAGCUCCAGACCGUCUCGGCCAUCUCCAUGGCGGCGGCCACCUCUACCGCCAUGGCGACGGCGCACCCGGACUUGCGCUCGACCUUCCACAACUCUUGCCACACUCAGAUGAGGCAGAAACACUAUUACCGUAGCUACGACUACGACCUGCCGCCCGGCGGCACGCUCCCGCCGCUCUCCUCGCUAGGCAACCAGCACACCUACUGCAACAUCCCCAUGACACUCAUCAACGGACAGCGACCGCAGUCCAAGUCCCCGCGCCAGCAGAGUCUGGAGGAGGCCCACGGCAACAACGCCAUGCUGCCGCUGCUGCCCAGAGAGACCAGUAUAUCCAGCGUGAUCUGGUGACAGAGACGGUGCCGGGCGGGGUAGGCUGUGGAUCUAUAUGAUGUCCGUCACAAGAGGGACUCACCACUGGCACUCGGACCCUGAACGCACCGGAGCCAGAUGAACCUG